UUGAAUGACAUACUUUUAAUGAUUGAAUGUGAUACAAUUAUGGACAUAAUAUCAUUCUUGAUUUAUAUGUUAUUCAUUCCAUGUAUCGAAAUCGAAAGUACAUAGUUUUACUAGUUUGUUGUAGUAUUUAAAGAGCAUAGAAAAUGGAAAAGGCAGAUGCGUACAGACAUUCCACCACUUCUCCGCAUCUACUUGUUGUUGCCUUUGACUUUGGAACUACCUACAGUGGCUAUGCGUUUUCCUUCCGAAAUGAGCCAUUAAAAGUACAAACAAACCAGAACUGGAUCGCAGGUUCAGAGAAGCUUGUCUCACUAAAGACACCAACCUGUGUGCUGUUGAGUCCAAACAAACAGUUCGAUUCUUUUGGAUAUGAAGCCGAGAAUAAGUACUCUGAGCUUGCCUUUGACGAAAAUCAUGCCGGCUGGUUGCUGUUCAGACGGUUUAAAAUGUUGCUGUAUGAACAAAAGAAACUUACAAGGGAAGCGCAAAUAGACGACAUAAAUGGAAAUCCUAUGCCAGCUAUGACAAUAUUUGCCAUGUCGAUCCGCUAUUUAAAGGAGCAUUUUCUGUCACAGCUAGACAAACAAGUUACAGGUGUGCAAGAGACAGAUAUUCAAUAUGUACUAACAGUACCGGCAAUCUGGGAUGAUCGUGCUAAGCAGUUUAUGCGAGAAGCUGCAGUAGAGGCAGGAAUUGAUACAACACGUUUGAGAUUAGCACUAGAGCCUGAGGCAGCUUCAGCCAUAAGUGGUACAGCGGAUGUGUCUGUCCAUGGAAUGAAUCCGGACGGUUCACUGAAACAGCUGCAUAAAGCAAGUGGUGGUCCUUGGGGUGGUACCAACGUUGACAAUAACUACAUUGCGUGGCUCUCUAAAAUAUUUGGACAAAGGGCAGUUGAACGUUUUCAAGCAGAGGAUAUGGCAAGUUUUUUUGACCUACUUAGAGAACUCGAAACCAAUAAAAGAUCUGUAAGGUUUGAUGCUAUGCAACCUCUUAUCUUUAGAAUUUCGGCAACAUUAAAGGAAAUAUCGGAGGAAGAAAAGGGCGAUACCUUGUCUGCAAGAUUAGCUGGAAAAGAUGUUGUCGUCAAAAGAGACAAGAUGAAAAUUGAUCAAGCCGUUGUGAGACAAUGGUUUGACGGACCGGUUGAUAAUAUAAUUAGGCAUAUUAAAGGAAUCCUGUCUGAACCCAGUAUGGGAAGUGUAAACACUAUUUUACUAGUUGGUGGGUUUGCCGAAAGUAAAUAUGUUCAAGAGAAAGUAAUACAUGCUAUUAACUAUAAGCGAUUUAUUAUACCAAAUGACCCAGGCCUAACAGUUCUCAAAGGAGCUGUUAGGUUUGGACAUGAACCAACUAUUAUAUCAACUAGAGUUAUGAAUUAUACGUAUGGUGUUGACAUGGUAAAAGAUUUCGACGAAACAAAAUACUCUGAAUCUCUCAGAUUGACCAUUAACGGAGAAGACGUCGUAGCUCUUCCAGUUUUCAAGAAAUUAGUGAGUGCUGGUGAAACAUUAAAGGUUGACCACGAAGUAAAAAUUGUUGGCAUUCCAAGGAACGCAAAAUGUUCGAUUGCGCAUAUUUUCCGUACAGCCGAUCAUGAUCCCAGAUUUACAACAGACCCUGGUUGUGUAGAACUUGGCAGUAUCAUAGUUGACCAUCCUGAGGGAGACACACUGAAAGAUAAAAGUACAACAAUUACAGUAGCAUUUGGCGACACUGAGCUGAGAGUUAAGGCUAGAGUUACCAAAACAGGCAAAGAAUUCAAAACAAUUAUAGACUGCUUGCAAUAAGCAAGCUGUAACUAACUAUAAUAUAUUUGUCAAAUGAUUUAAAGUCUGUUCCAUUCCAAAGGUUUACCCCAACUUUGGUGUCACAUGACAAAACUACGACACUUACCGGCAAAGUAAACAUGGUUUGAUAAACUAAAAAAAGUCACCCUCGAGAAAUUUAACGAUUUUUUUCUGCUUUGCCAAAUAUCCAAAUAAAUGACAAAUUUAUAUUUUCAACGGCAGUCUCCCAUUGUAAUUUCUUGUCGCCAUUGGAGUUUGCUCUCUAAAUUUGGAGUAUUACGGGAAAAUUCACGUGAAUUUUAUCGGGAGCGAUUCAAGACUCAUUUCGUUUAUGAAUGCAUGAGUGAAAUGAAAUGUUGUAGUCUAUUUAAAAAAACUAUACAAUGAACACAUUAUUUAGAUCUAACAAAAAUGUAAAUUGACUCACUUUUUACAAAGUUAUAUACACUCCAAAAUUCUUCCAAGUCUUCAGUAGCUCUGUCCAAUCCUCGAUGAGUAAAUUGUAGAGUCAGUGUACCCGGUUUCGCACUGUACGCGGUUUCGCACACCCAGCAAAUUCAUGUGCUUUGUGAGAAUAAAGCAGAAAAUUCAACAAUUCUUUGUUAUUAUUUCACAAAAUUGAGUUAUUCCCUACAUAAAUUGACACAAGGGGUCCAUCCCCGCUUGAGCCUCGUUCUGGUAAGUGCAGACGAAAACAAUAACAAUACUAAUGGAUGCCAGUAGGUCAGCUGAAAAAUAUUAAAUUUUAUGAAAAUAAUGACUAAGCAAACAACAACAAGGUGUAAAAUAAAUUGAAAAAUCACUUUUCCUUCAUACAUGUAGAUAUUUACCUAUUACUUUACCGAAAUGAAAAAUAUUUCAACAGAUAUUGAAGUUCUCCCAACCUGCAAAAUGACUUCAACUUGAUUGUUUGCUUUACGUUUUUACUAAAACAGAGAACUUAAUCGAAUGACAAGACUUGUUGGGAUCUUUUGUGAUUCAGCAGCUUCUAUUGUUUAUUUUUGUUUCAUGUAUUCAGCUGUUUCAGCCUUUUCUGCUUUAAGCAGAAAAAACAGGGUUUGGUUCCUAUAUUUCACUUUCAUAACUGCUUUUUAAUUUCACUUUCAGAUGUUUUAUUGGAAAAUACAUGUUUAAAUUGAAUAGAAUAAAUACUUAAAAAGUUAAUUGAAAUUUUUCUUAUGGGUAAAUGCAUUACUAUCACUGAAUUCUAUAAAUAGCAUGGUGUGCGAAACCGGGUACACUUAAAUGCAAAAACUGGUCAAAAUAUGUUAUCCGAAUCAAGUUCAUCAAGAGGUAUGACGUCAUUGAAGUGGGAAAGGAAAGUAAGCGUGUUUUAAACCAAAAUAAGUGUAUUUAUUAAAGCAUGUAGAGGUAAAUUCAAAUUUAAUCAUUUUUCGCUAAAUAGGAAAGUAUUCUUAGGAAAUGUGUGCGAAACCGGGUACA